UCUUCUUCCAAACCAAACCUCAAACCUCGGCUUCUCCUCCUUCAAGCCAUGGCGCAGCAGAGAUCUCUCCUCGCCGCCGUCCUCCUCUUCCUCGUGGCGCUGACAGCCGCCGCGGCGGAAGGGGACGCGCCGUUCGUGGUGGCGCACAAGAGGGUCGCGUUGUCUCGCCCGGUCCCCGGCGUCGAGCGCCUCGCCGUCACCCUCGACCUCUACAACCAGGGUUCCGCGACUGCCUACGAUGUUAGCCUGAACGAUGACUCGUGGCCACAGGAAGCAUUUGAGCUUGUCUCUGGAAGCACGUCGAAGAUAGUGGAAAAGCUUGACCCUGGUUCUACCGCAUCCCACAGCUUUGUCUUGGAGACCAAAGUGCAGGGCAGGUUCCAGGGUUCUCCCGCAGUUAUCAAGUACCGUGUUCCCACAAAGGCUGCACUUCAGGAGGCCUAUUCGACGCCCGUCCUUCCAUUUGAUAUUCUCGCUGACAGGCCUCCACAGAAGAAGUUUGAAUUGGCUAAGAGACUUGUUGGGAAAUUUGGCCCGCUGGCCUCAGUGGUUUCUUUCGUUGGCGCGUUUAUCUACCUAGUCGCGAGCCCAUCAAAAUCUGGUGCUGCAAAAGGGAGCAAGAAGAGACGCUGAAAAUGGUCGUUAGGUCAUCUUUUUGUAGUACUUGGUUUUAAUCCCAAUGCCCUCUUUAAAGAAAGAUUUAGUUGUUUCCAAUGUACUCUAAUGGCUGAAGUAGCCAGGGUAGCUAUUUAUUUGUACUUGAGCAUCUUGGAUGGCCUGACAGAAUUUAGACAGAAGAAUAGAUUUGAUACAACCUAAGUCAUCUGUGUUAUUUAUAUAUCUGAGAGAUAGCCUGGAAAUUUGCAGUAUGCUGUAUGUUGUCUUUUUACCAUUGGAUGCUAAUAUUUUA